AAACAUUAUUAACUUUUUAUUUUCCUUUUCUCUUUCAACCUAGAAAUCGAGCUACCUGCUUUCUUAUUUUAUCAUUUUUUUUUUCUUUUUUUAACAAUGAACAUUCAUUGAUAAUAAUUAUCAUUUCAAAUAUACAUAUAUAUAUAAAUUCAAAUAAAUAUAUAGAUUUACGGUUCUGAGAUUUCAACACCAAUAUUUGGAACCACGUAAAAGGUGGUGGCAACUAGGUGAUUUAAAUUGGAAAAAAUUAAAAAGAAAAAAAGUUUGAUUCUUAAUCCUUGGAAAUCUGGUGUGGUACCUAUGUAACCAAAUCAAAAAUGUUUGAUUGUGGAUACAAGUCUCAGUACAUUGGUGGCCAAAGACAAAAAUUUGUAAGGUUGGAUGAGCUAGAGUCUACAUUGUCAGUGACAGCUCCCAGUGCCACCGAAAUGAAGCGUUGUAAAUUCAAUCUCGACGGAUUACCAUUACCCUUCACCGGUCGAUCAAAGAAAAAUGCAUCGAAAUCAUUUAGGUAUGGAGUGAAGAAAGGUUCAGAUGGACUUUUAACAUUUGGUAGAUCAUUAAGAAGUGGAGUAACAAGAGCAGUUUUCCCAGAAGAUCUUAAAGUUUCUGAUAAAACUAUAUUUGAUCCUCAAGAUAAAUCCCUCUUGUUAUGGAAUAGACUCUUUGUUAUAUCUUGUAUCUUAGCAGUUUCUAUUGAUCCUUUCUUUUUCUACCUUCCUGUUUUCAACCAUAAAUCAUUUUGUCUUGGAAUGGAUACAAAAUUAGCUGUUACAACCACAACUCUUCGAACUGUUGUAGACAUUUUCUUCCUUAUUCGAAUGGCUCUUCAGUUCAGGACAGCUUUUAUUGCCCCAUCAUCUCGAGUUUUUGGAAGAGGUGAACUUGUCAUUGAUCCUCAUCAGAUAGCUAUGAGAUAUUUACAACGUUAUUUCAUUGUUGAUUUCCUCUCUGUGCUUCCCUUUCCACAGAUUGUAGUUUGGAAGUUUCUUCAGAGAUCAAAAGGCUCAGAUGUUUUGACAACCAAACAAAUGUUGUUAUGCAUUGUCUGUUUACAGCUCUUACCAAGAUUUUUUCGGUUAAUACCGUUAACUUCAGACCUUAAAAAAACAGCUGGUGCUUUUGCUGAAAGUGCUUGGGCUGGUGCUGCUUAUUACUUGCUCUGGUUUAUGCUCUCUGGUCAAGUAACUGGGGCUAUCUGGUACUUACUAGCUGUAGAACGAAACGACACGUGUUGGAGGGAAGCUUGUCACCGCAGUGGAAAAUGUAAGAUAGAUUUUCUGUACUGUGGGAACAAACACAUGGAGGGUUACAGUGAUUGGCAAGGCAUCAGUGAACAGGUUCUUAACACUCAUUGUUCUGUUGCUCCUGAUUCACCAUCACAAUUCAAGUAUGGAAUCUACACUCAAGCUAUAGCUUCUGGCAUUGUUGAAUCGAGGAACUUUUUCUCAAAGUUCUGCUAUUGUUUAUGGUGGGGAAUGCAAAACUUGAGUACACUUGGUCAAGGGCUUCAAACAAGUACCUACCCUUUAGAGGUUUUGUUCUCCAUAGGAAUAGGUAUAGCAGGGCUCAUCCUUUUUGCUCUUCUAAUUGGAAAUAUACAGACUUACCUUCAAUCCAUCACAAUUCGGCUCGAAGAGAUGAGGAUCAAAAGGCGUGAUUCCGAGCAGUGGAUGCAUCAUCGCCUGCUACCACAAGAGCUCAGGGAAAAAGUUAGGAGAUAUAAUCAGUACAAAUGGUUGGAGACAAGAGGUGUAGAUGAAGAAAGCAUUGUUCAGAGUCUACCUAAAGAUCUCAGGAGGGACAUCAAACGACACCUUUGUUUGAACUUAGUUAGAAGGGUUCCUCUUUUUGCCAACAUGGAUGAGAGGCUGCUUGAUGCCAUUUGUGAGCGUCUGAAGCCAAGUUUAUACACAGAAAGUACCUAUGUAGUCAGAGAAGGUGACCCAGUUAAUGAGAUGCUAUUCAUUAUAAGGGGUCGUUUAGAAAGUGUGACUACAGAUGGUGGCAGGAGUGGAUUUUUCAACAGAGGUUUAUUGAAAGAAGGGGAUUUUUGUGGAGAAGAGCUUCUAACAUGGGCACUGGAUCCAAAAGCUGGUUCCAAUUUACCUUCAUCUACUAGAACAGUAAAUGCCAUGACUGAAGUAGAGGCUUUCGCCUUGGAAGCAGAGGAGUUGAAGUUUGUUGCUACUCAGUUUAGGCGUCUUCAUAGCAGACAGGUUCAGCAUACCUUCCGUUUCUACUCGCAGCAGUGGAGAACUUGGGCUGCUAUCUUUAUUCAAGCUGCAUGGCGACGCUAUGCCAGGAGAAAAAUGGCUGAAAGAAGGCGUAAAGAGGAGGAAGAAGAAGAGUAUGGCUAUAGCGAAGAAGACGAUGAAAGGACUUUAGGUAACAGAAGUAACAGUUCUUCUAGGCUUCGUGCCACCAUCCUUGCUUCUCGCUUUGCAGCAAACGCGCUUCGUGGUCGAAGGCUUCGCAGUGAAAGUAACCGGGGUUUAGUGAAUCUGCAGAAACCCCCUGAACCUGACUUUUCUGCUUGUGAUGCUGAUUAAUUGUUUUUUGUUUACUAUAUAGAAUUAAAUGUUGUACAUCACUGAAAAUGACUCAAGACUGUUGAAAAGAGUAAUUUAUGUAAUAAUUAUAUAAUAAUGUAAGAUGUCACUUGUCUUAAACCUCACUUGGGGCGGAGGAAUACCUUGAUACACAAAAAUUUAGUCACAUCAACAGACUCCACUCCCUACACAACUCUAGGAAGGAGAAAUUCUCAAAAUGUUUCGUUCUAAAGACCGAUGUGACUGUCCAAAAUCUGACUCUCACAAAUGUCUUCCGCCGGACUCUCAAUUCUUUCGAAGAUUCUACUAUUUCUCUCGUUCCAAACAGCCCGCAAUAUGGCCAAUAGUGCGGUCCUCCACAGACAAAUAUAAUUUUUCAUUAUGUGUGCAAUGUCAUUUCCACUUUUUCAAACUCUCGAGCUGUUUCCUCUUUAGCUUCUUCUUAUGCUUGUUUACAAAUUACAAGGCCUCUUUAAGAUGGAAGUUCCUAGCUAUAUCCCUAGCACUGUCAUACUCAUUAAGCUCAACCAGCAUCUUCUUUAUCCGGCGUGCAAGUCCGUUAGUGUCACUCUCGCUUACACCCGAGGCACGUUUCUUCUCGAGAGUUUUUCCGAGUUGUAGAACAUAAUCCACCAAGGGUUGCAACUUGCGUCUG